AUGACUCCAACUGGAAGGAGCCCAGCCUUCCACAGAGCCCAGCGUGUGGAAUUGCUAAUUGGAGCCAGCUUGUUUUUCGAACUGCUCUCAGUUGGGCAAAUCCAACUAGAAUACGGUCUGCGUCUUGUGCAGAAGACGCGCUUUGGAUUGGUAAUUUCUGGAGAUGGUUGCACCCCAGGAAAACCACGUGUCGCUUCAUCAGCGGUCUCCAGCCCCCUGAGCUCCACCUGCUACUCUCGCGUGGCUGAGGAUGCUGAGCUGCUGGAGACGGGUCAUCUUCUGGAUGAUACGGGCAGGGAUCGUACCCGUGGAGAGAUCGAUAGCAAGCGUCUGUGGAAGGAGAACAAGGAGUUGAAGAACUGUCUGGUCAAGAAAUCCAAGGUGUGCAGCACUGCUGAGGGGAAUGCCCGCUUGUACGAGUCGUGUUUCAAUGAGCUGGCCAAUGCCGAUCGGAAGAAGAUUACUGAAGAACUGAUCGAUAUGACCAAAGAGUUGGAUUGUCUGCGCCAGCAGUUCGAGGACACGCGCAAGGCUCUAGAGCAGUGCUCUAGACACUGUUGCGUUUUUACUUCAAAAAUACCAUUCAGAGCCUGCGGGAGGAGCUGUCGUUCAAGGAUCAGAUUCACUCAUAGGGCAUCUGUCGUCAGCAAAAGGCCGCACUCUACGCCCAAGUCCAUCAGAGAGUUACACUUUACUCGUGUUCGUAUUGACGGCCUAAAUGCCAAGACACACGAUUUCAGACACUUCACGAUUGUACGUGAAUUGGAGCAGAAUCUAGAUGUCACUCGCGAGCGUCACGUCCAAAAGGUGGCUCAGCUCGAGGAGGAGCUUAUUCGACUGCGUGAAGAGAUGACCCACCAACUACAGGAGUACCAGGACAACUAG